GGGGCGCGUGGCUUACUUAAGUAGGGCCGGCAUAAUUUCAAGUGACCGAUAUAGCAAAGGGAAGCCUCGGUAGCACUAUGCCUCGGUCGAGGUGGAGACGGAACUACGAUCGAUCAGCUGUGAGUUUGAGCGGGAGACUAACCUGUGCAGGGAUUUCAGUAGGGUAUAAGUGGGGGGACCUGCAGCUGUCAAGGAACCUGAUUAAUGAUAGUACCAAUUGACGAUGACUGAACAUCGUGCUAUGGAUGAAGCUCACGAAGGGUCUCUUCCAACUCUUCAUUCCGAGCCCCCGCUUGCGUCCGCUCUCACCCCUUCGUCCGGCGGUCUCGCUAACCCGUUCAGUGAACUCUAUGGGGCCAUAUCUGGACGGGGAGAGACGGCCUCGAUGGAUGUCAAGGUUUUCUUCCCGCAUGCGAAACAACCUCGUCAUGAUCAUAUGGCUCUACACGUGCGAAAAGACGCAACUAUUGAAGAAGUCAUUGGUUUUGCAUUAUGGACGUACUGGGAAGAGCGAUGGAUGCCCGAGCUGAAUGACGGUGUGAAGGACGAUGACCCGAAACUCUCUGCGAUAGGUUGGAUCAUGCGCAUUGCAGAGCAUGAUGGUGAGGUUGAUGAGGAUUUCCCGCCACCCGACCGCACAGGCAAGAUCUCGAAGUUCGGAUCCAAGGCAGUUGCUAUGCUAGCUGCUACCCCACUUCAAAUACAACACAAUGAAGAACUGGAGAGAAAUAUACAGCGACGUCCUUCGAGAGUUAUGGCAGUACCAAAGAAACAGGAUUCAGGACCACCAGGCGGAUUGGCGUUGCCAUCCGUCUCCAGCGCCGCAGGCACCAUGUUCGGUACAACUCCAAAUUUAUCAUCUUCUCUUGGUCCUUCGUCAAACUAUGGGCCUCAGCUGUUCUUGCGUAUUUGCAUCGCGAUCUCAGAUGCAGGUCGUUUCUCCAGCACCAUCCCUGUGUCAGCGGGUAUGUACAUGCAGGAAGUACUUGAAGUGAUUUGUCGGAAGCGCAGACUGGCGAAUCACGAGGACUAUGCUCUGAUCGUCAACGAACUCAACAUGCUAGCGUACCUCGACCGCACAGUUGCUAGUCUCGGCGGUAGGCGCGAGCUGACGCUGGUAAAGAGAUCGACGUUGCCUCAACUGGGCAUCAAGCCCGAAAGCAGUUCAGCACGCACCACGGAUCCGAAUGCUUCUAUUUCGAAACGGAUAUCGGAUGUCCCAGAGAUGCAGUUAAGCGCUCCAGCCGAUUACGCAACAGCAUAUAAUAAAUAUACUAUUUACCGUAAAAUGCCUAUGCUAGUUCGUCAGACGUACUUUGGCUAUCGAUGGUGUUUAUAU